AGUAAUACCUGAAGGGAGCGCCACCGUGCCGCCUCGCCACGAACUACAACUCCCACCAUGCUGUUCGUAGCGGCGCAUGCGCGCAUCCUCCCAUGGAUCCAAGAUGGCGGACACGGGGACCGGCAGCUCUAGUAGCUCGGGCACGCGGUCAGGUGGCAAACACUCUUCAACCCCGGCAGAUAACUACUAUUUGGCUCGAAGGAGGACCCUUCAAGUGGUGGUUAGUUCAUUGCUGACAGAGGCUGGGUUUGAGAGCUCUGAGAAGGCUGCUGUGGAAACCAUGACAGAGAUGCUCCAGAGCUACAUUUCAGAAAUUGGGAGGAGUGCCAAAUCUUUCUGUGAACAUACUGCGAGGACUCAGCCGACCCUUUCAGAUAUUGUCGUCACCUUAGUUGAAAUGGGCUUUAAUGUGGAAACGCUCCCUGCAUACGCCAAACGGUCCCAGCGGAUGGUGAUCACUGCCCCACCUGUAACAAAUCAGCCGGUGACUCCAAAAGCCCUGACGGCUGGACAGAACAAGCCUCACCCGUCCCACAUCCCUGGUCACUUUCCAGAGUUUCCGGAUCCUCACACUUACAUCAAGACACCAACGUACCGGGAGCCUGUGUCGGAUUAUCAGAUCCUGCGGGAAAAGGCUGCUUCCCAGAGACGGGAUGUUGAAAGAGCUCUGACACGCUUCAUGGCAAAGACAGGAGAGACACAAAGUCUUUUCAAGGAUGAUGUCAGCACUUUCCCUUUGAUAGCUGCCAGGCCUUUUUCAAUACCCUACCUGACAGCUCUGCUUCCUUCUGAAUUGGAGAUGCAGCAGAUGGAGGAGACGGAUUCAUCCGAACAAGAUGAUCAGACUGACACAGAGAACCUCCCCUUGCACGUGAGCACGGAUGACCCAGGAGCUGAGAAGGAGAAUGCAUCGGUACUACAGCAGAACACCUCGCUUUCCGGCAGCCGGAAUGGAGAUGAGAACUUGAUAGACAAUCCCUAUCUUCGCCCAGUGAAGAAGCCCAAAAUCCGCAGGAAGAAGUGAACUGUGGCAAGAUGAUGGGUAGGAUAGGAGAAAGAUUUUGGACCUCCUGUGGUCCUUGCAACUGCUGAGAGGCAUGGGAAAGGCAGAAAGAUGCUGCUGGUUGAGGGCCAAAUGGAAAAGCAGUCUCUCUGGUUCAGGUCCUUUUCUCCCCAACAGUUUGUUAUAUAACAAGGUGAAGUCUGAAAUGCUCACCUAGAAACAUGGAAAUCUAUCUGUCUCUUCCAGGGAAGAGCAUGCUGCACCUUGCAGUACCUACAGCAUCUCUUGCCAUCCUCAAGUGUACCUUCUUUUUUUGAGGACUGCAGACAGAUUAGCAGGAAAUGCAAAAUACUCCCUCGUAUUUUGCCAGGUCUCCUGGAACUUCAGAAGGAGAGUCAUCCCUCAUCUUCUAUCUGCUUGCCUUUCAUAUGUGCUACUCAUCCUGGGAUUCAUGCCACAUCACCUUGCUAAAUAUGAUGUGUUUGGACGAGGGGUAGCCAAGGGCACCAGCUGGACAUUCACUAUUGUGCCUUUGCGAAAGACGAGACUGUUCAGAACCACACAAUUUCUAAAGUCUCUGUGUGCUUGGAGCUGAGGGUUUGGUCUGAUCUUAUCUCUGGUUUGAAUUGUUGGGAGAGCUGAGCAGAGAAAUUUGAUGGUGGCAGAGCCAGAAGAGAAACCUCCCAGCAGAUCUGCAAUGCUUGACAGCAAAAGACAACUUACUUUUUACAAGUGCAUGUUGAUUGUGGAUCUUGUUUUCACCUGGAUGAGAGCUCUUUGUUUAGAAUCUUAUUGCCUGCACAUUGGCUCAAAGUCUUAGAUUUAUAUUCUCCUUGGCAAUACAGCAGCAGUUUUUCUCCCUUCCUUUUGUCUCCAAGUAACAUUGGCAAAGCUGUAUUUCUCUCCAUGUUAUGAGACAGGGAAAAAGAUGCCACCCAGAAUGCACUUAUAAGAUGUCCACCCUGCUUGAUGUUGAUGGCUGGAUGUGUGGGUGGGUGUGUUAGGAAUCUGUAUGGUUGCCUCUACUUCAGUCUCCCAUCAGCAGAGAGAAGUGAGAAA